UUACGCCAGGUCGUGUUUGUAAGACAUCGUUCGUUUUGGAAAAAGUGGUUUACGAGUUUUGCGCGUCUUGGAAUAAGGGCAUGGGUACAGUUCAAGAUGAAAAACCCGUGGAGGGUACCGCCAAACCGCACAUCCGAGAACUGCGUAACACCGAGCUCGUAUCCAGGCUGCUCGCUGCGACGCCUCCGUACCUCUACAGUGCUCUACCACUCCAGCCACACGCAUUCUUCUUCAGCGAGAUGCUGAGAUCAUUCGUCAACGCUCGGCAUGGCUGCCGGCCUCCGCAUUACCAUCGCCGCUUCAAACGCCGCUCGCACAAAUACUUCGCUGAGAACGAAGAAUGGAGACGUGAUUGGCCAAAGCAAGAAGAGAAGAAGGAGCCAGAAGUACGCCCUGAAGUUCCUCUUGAGCUAACAGUUGAAAAACCACGAGCAUGUGAACAAUCGCCUCCUAGGCUGUCACCAAAGCCUGAGCCACCAAAACAGGGCAGUCCUAGCCCACCUGGCCGCCAAUCUACUUUUGUUGAUGUAGGCACAGAGGAGCUUCCGAAGCCAGCACCUUGUACCGGAAGGAAUUCCGUCGAACCCAGCAAUGUACCUUCUUCAAACUUGAUCUUGCCACCUCCACCUCCUAUGUGGUACCCGCCUCUUUACAACCCUCAGUUUGGAGUCGAUCCAUUGAAUUUCUUUAUUGACCUUCGCGUUUCCGGACACAUUUAUGACAGAAAGAGAGCAGAGGCUAUGGAAGUAAACUUAAAUCAGGAACAAAGAUCAAUAAUUGACGAUUCUAAUUUGGAAAAACGGCUAAGCAAAGAUCUAGGAAUGAAACCUAGACACUUGUCAGCUUUUUCAGUUCCCGUGAGGUCAAAUAGCCAAACAGAGGGGCCUGAGAAAUAUUUCGAGCGGAGUAACAGGUUUUUGGGGAAACCUAACGGUACGUCGUACAUAAUGAGGAAUCUGAAAUGCGUUUAUGAAAAUUUGCAUGCUAUGGAACAGAAGGAGGAUUCCAAAGACCAAAAUGACGACGCCAAGGAAUCUUCAGAUAUAGAGGAUGACAUAAUGGAUUAGAGUAACAUUAAUAAAAUUAUAUCUCUAUUUCGAUGUUAAAUGUGAAAUCUUUGAAUAAUUACUAGCACCUAAAAUAAUAUCUCCCACU